CAGAAAAGGCAUACACUGACAAUACCCGAAGAACACUUCAACAAAUUUGAAUUAAUUUUCUCUUCAUCAACACAAGGGAAGGAAACCAAACAAGGAUUUCAGACGAGAGAGAGAGAGAGAGAUUGUGAUAGAGGGCAGUCAUGGGUUGUUUCAGAAGAUCAAAUAAGAAAGCAAAGCAGCAGCAAAUCAAGAACUCCGAUUAUCAGAUCCCAUCAACAUUAGAUAAACAAAAGGUAAAUUCAACAUCAGAUGAAAAGAAGGAAGCAUCCAAAAAAGGGGGAGGUCCUGGUCAUAUUGCAGCACAUACGUUCACAUUUCGCGAAUUAGCUACUGCAACCAAGAAUUUUAGGGCAGACUGUCUUUUAGGUGAAGGGGGCUUUGGCAGAGUAUAUAGAGGGAAAUUAGAGAGUACCAAUCAGAUUGUGGCUAUUAAGCAACUAGAUCGAAAUGGAUUACAAGGGAACCGGGAAUUUCUUGUUGAGGUAUUGAUGUUAAGUCUACUUCACCACCCAAAUUUAGUCAACUUGAUUGGGUACUGUGCUGAUGGAGAUCAAAGACUGUUGGUAUAUGAGUACAUGCCUUUGGGGUCACUAGAAGACCAUCUCCAUGAGCUUUCACCUGACAAAAAAAUACUUGACUGGAAUACACGUAUGAGAAUAGCUACCGGUGCUGCACAGGGCUUGGAGUAUUUGCAUGAUAGAGCAAAUCCUCCAGUAAUUUACCGAGACUUGAAAUGCUCAAAUAUUUUGCUUGAUGAAGACUAUCACCCCAAGUUAUCAGAUUUCGGGCUGGCCAAAUUGGGUCCUGUUGGUGACAACACCCAUGUGUCAACAAGAGUAAUGGGAACUUACGGAUAUUGUGCACCCGAAUAUGCAAUGACUGGGCAGCUCACAGUGAAAUCAGAUGUUUACAGUUUUGGGGUUGUGCUCCUAGAGAUGAUAACCGGAAGAAUGGCAAUUGACAAUUCAAAAGCUUAUGAAGAGCAGAAUUUGGUUGCAUGGGCACGGCCGUUGUUCAAAGACAGGAAGAACUUUUCCCGAAUGGCAGAUCCAAUGCUUAAGGGUAAGUUUCCACUCAGGGGCAUGUAUCAAGCCCUUGCUGUUGCUGCAAUGUGCGUCCACGAGCAGCCCAACAUGAGACCUCUUAUGGCCGACGUGGUCACAGCCCUGAACUAUCUAGCCUCACAGAAGUACGAACCCUACCAGAUGAUGGCCCACCAAAGGCAGCCUUCAUUCCCUCCUUCCAUCCCAAGACCCGAAGAAGGGUGCAGCGAUGAUGGCAACUUUGUGUGAGGUAAAAAAGCAAAGUUAGUUUGAGCCGUGCUGCUUUGUUUUGAGGAGUUAAGUUGAGGGAGGAGGUUAUGUACCAAAGAGAGUUUUAUCAUUACAUGGAGAAGGAACUCAUCUAGGCUUUAUUAUCCUUGUAUGACUUUUCUGUGCAUAAAAUUUUUGACUGUGCUUAUUUUUUAAAAAAGAAACUUUACAAUUCAUU